AUGUUUGGACUUUUGCUAAUGUGGGGUGGGCAGAGCGCGGGGGCAGCUGCCCACCCUGGAGUUGAGCGGUUUCUGUCUGAAGGCCUAGUCUGUUUUAGAGAUAUCAAACCGGGAGCCCCACACCAUUAUCUAGUAGUGCCGAUAGAGCAUAUGGGAAACUGCAAGACUCUAAAGAAAGAGCACAUACCUCUAGUGGAGAAAAUGAUGGACGCUGGAAAGAAAACCCUUCAGCAAAAUAAUUUUACUGACUCCAAUGAUGUAAGGAUGGGAUUCCACUGGCCUCCAUUUUGCUCAAUAUCCCACUUACAUCUUCAUGUCCUGGCCCCAGCCAGUCAGCUGGGAUUCUUGUCCAGGAUGAUAUACAGAAUCAAUUCCUACUGGUUUAUCACGGCUGAACAGCUGAUUGAACGACUUCAGACUGCAAGUGCUGCCAGUUGAAAGCACAUUGCCUAGUCUUGGAUCACAAAUCAACUUCGAUUUUGAUCUUUGAACUCUAAGAUUGUAUUGUUCAAUGCAACUAUUUGUGAGGUUUAAAAAGGACAAGCUUGAUUUGAUUGCCUGUUCCUUCAGAGCAAGAAACUUUUGAUAGUCAAUCUCAUUAUUAAUGUAUGUGUUCUCAAGUGUUCUGAUAAGAUGCAAAAUAUUUGAGUGGAAAAUAGAAUAAUAUAUAACAUACUAGUUCUAGUAAAACACAGUAUAAACAGUAAUGAUUUGAAUGUAUUAAAACUGUGUAAAUUUUCAACAGUAACUGUUAAUGGUAUGUAUGCUGAACCAAGUUGAAUGCUCAAAACUGGAAUCUAGCUUUUUUAUAUUAAAAACAUUGAGGAAAUGCAAUAGUGUUUAAAAUGGACAGGCUUCCUUUAGUAUCUGCUGGAGUCAUGCUGGUGAUGUUCUGUUUUAAGUAGGUACAGUGCUAAAGGGAGACAUCAUUGGGGGGUUUUUUUUUUGGUGCUAAACCAUUUAAAAACAUCAUUGCAUCUUGCAAGAUAAUGGUCUGCAGCAUGUGCUAAAUAUAACACAUUGUGCCCAGAAUAGUUUACAAUGUAGAAUUUAGUUUAAAUGUGUGGGAAUGUUUAUAUAUUGGCUUGGAUUAAGAUUAUUGCUUGUCUUGAAUAUUAAUACUGUAAUUUAACUCUACGUUUAAAAAUUGUAAGGUAUUUGGAUUGAAUUAACACACUUGCCUUUGGGUAUUAAAUGUAACCUAAAAGCUAGAUUAAGGACUUGUCUACACAGUAUGUUACAGCACUAGAAGAGCGGGGUGUAAAUUCUAGUGUACAUUACUCAAUUGCAUACUAAAUGGCCUUUGUGGAUCUGCAGACACUCUCUAAACAGUAAUACAUUAACUCACAUUAAGGAAUUUUUAGUGCAUGCCACUGCGGCCCACAUGGGCCAGUUAGUGUGCAACAUGCUAGCAUGCACUAGAAUUCUACAUCUUUCUUGUGUAGACAAGUCCUAACAAUAUAUGAUUCUACUGAAUGUCACUUGUAGUAUUUACUUAUGCCAUGGGUGAAUGCGACUCCUAUAUAUUUGUCACAAGAUAAAUUGUUCAGUGAUGGUGAGCUUUAUUAUUUUUUAGCUCAUCACACAUAACUACCAUAUAAUCUGAUAUAUUUUAGCAUAUCUGGGAUUCAGGAAAAAAACAAAACAGGAGGUGUUUAGUUUCUGCAAUGCUAACAGCCUAGGUGGUGGUUAUCCACUGCAUUUACAGGUUUAUCUGAGAAAUCUUGCAGUGCUUUCCACGGAUCCUGUUGCCUUAGUGAUGCAGCAUGUUGUAAUAUUUAUUUAUGUAACACCUUACUUGUAUAUAGUACUUGAAGUAUUAAAAUUUACUGACCAAACAACAACAUUCCCUGCCAUGAGGAGCUUAAUUCUAUCUUUUUUUCUGAGACAUUACACUUAGCCUGUGUCUGCAGCUGGAGCUGAACAUGUGGUUCCUGGACUGUGUAGACAUACCUGACCUAGCUUGCCUUAAAAUAUCAUGCUAUAAAUAGCAGUGUAUUUUAGGACAGUGUUUCUGAAAGUGUACUGUGGAAACAGUUUCAGAAACACUUUAACUGGCUGCCCCGGUUUUUUUAUGUACAGGCACCGCGGCCACAGAACCUAGCCACUCCCAUUGGCUCCGUUUUGUCCUUUGCAGCCAAGGGGAGACGCAGAAAGCCACAGAAAG